AUGACUGCGCCAACACAGCAAAUGCUCAACGGCCUGGUGCCGAUGCCAGUGAACUACGAUGGUGGCUACAUUGCUUUGUCGUAUAUCGUGAGUGUAAUGGGCUCGACUACUUGCCUGGAACUGCUGCAUCGUCGAUCCUCGCGAUCUGGUCUGCUCAAUUGGUAUCUGCUACUCGCUUCGUCUCUUUCCAUGGGAGGGAUUGGUAUUUAUAGUAUGCACUUCAUCGGAAACAGAGCAAUUGUACUUGGUGACGGCAGCAACGCCCAACAGAUAUCAUACAACAUCCAGUUCACCAUCGUCUCAUUAUUCCUACCGAUACUAGUCUUAUCGACCGCUUUCUAUGCCAUCUCCUUCGAAGAGAAACCGUCGCUAGUACGCCUUCUCGCCGGUGGGAUCGGAACUGGCGCCGCUAUAUGCGCCAUGCACUACCUAGGCCAGCUCGGAAUCUCGAAUUAUCACUGCUCAUAUGGACCGGCCUACAUUGUCGGCGCUGCUCUGAUUGCGACUGUAUCUGCUACCAUCGCCCUGAGCAUUUUCUUUAGAUGGAAAGCAGCCUGGACGAAUAGCUGGUGGCGACGACUGGUUUGUGCGGCGUUGUUGGCUGGCGCGGUCUCGGGGAUGCAUUGGACAGCUGCCGUGGGUACUCAAUAUCAUCGUAUUCCGGAAUUCUUGGGGGCUGGUCAGCUGUCACGGAGUCAGACGGUUAUAAUUUGUGCGGCAUUGUCAUUUGCGGCCUGCAUCACUCUCACGAUUUGUGCAAUCAUUGCUGGAGGUCGUCGACAUCAAUCGACUACUCGAGCCCGCCAGUUAGUCUUGUCAUGCGCAUUUUUCGAUCCUGCUGGCCGUAUCAUGGUCUCUCCCCAAGCUCUUCUUCCGACACGGAAAGUCGUCGAUCGAUACAUCAACAAGUCCAUGAAAGACGAUGACUUCAGUCGCACCCACCCAGCCUUCCUAUGGGCAUUCCGCGCAUCCCGCAACUGGGCUCUGGUAAAAGGCAUCAUCCCAUCGAUGAAAAACACACUUCAAAGCAACGAACUCGAAAUCAAGCGUCUAAUAAAUCAGCGCGGCAUAGUGACCGAAAACGACCAGGAUACACAAUUCAGCUUUGAUACGAUCUUCAAACAUUUCUUUUGUAUAACCGCGCAGAACCUGGCUGACGAGUUGCGUUUACCCCUUUCUGGUCUGGGAGAGCUCUACCACCAAGUCUUGUCGACGGUCACUCAGGUGUCGAGAUUCGAGUUGGGGUCAAGGGCCUUACCUAGGAUAGGAAAGGGUCAGCUCAUGUUCACUGUACGGCAAUUGGAUGAGCACGAGGCAGUAAAAUUCAUGGCGAGUGGAUAUCGCUUCGCUCCAAUUGAGCGAGUUACAGAUAUCCUGUCUCGUCGUGUACAUUUAUCACCUACAGAUCUCGCUAUUCAUCUGCACGAAAUGCGUGAUUAUGCCAGCAGUGAUAGGGGCUAUCCGCCAGGAGUCCAUCUUGUUGCUUUUGGUCUACGUCCAACGCUCCGAGAACAUUUCGAAAUACUUACCCGAACUGGUGGUGGGAUGACACUACCUAGUUCGACUCUACCGAUCUCUUCGCUCACAAAAACCGACUUGGAAUUGCUAAAUUCGAUGGAUGAAUGUGGGUUCACGGCAUGCCUGAAACAACUGCUAGCUCUAAGAAGCACUAUCGGUGGCAGCAACGGCAGCGUCAGCAGUGUCGACACUCUUUCGUCAACAGCGGCGGAAGAAUCAUUUCCUACACAUUUGUACCGAGCCAUGCUUGAGCUAAUGACAAUUCUGCCUGAGAAUAUUGCAUCGGCAGCCCGGUUCUCAGCAAAGCCGCUUCUUGCACCGUGUUAUCGACAAUCACCAUCUGAUCCGGAGCAGUGUGUACUGAUUUGUUUCCGAGUUGUAUCUGCUUUGGAUACUCGGAUAUCCGACACCACUCUUACAUUCACACCGCUCAGACUCUUUAGAGUGCAGGAGCAAGUCAACGACAAGAUUAGCGAACGGGAACGUUUCAUCCGCGAAUUGAAUGCCGAGUUUGCGUCUUACUCUGCACAGUCAACAGCGAACCACAAGGAGGAAGAAAACUCAAUCAACCCUUCACAGAAAAUUAUAGUGUUUCCAAGCAAGAUCUUGAGCCGUCUUCAGUCAAGCGUAAGCAGCAAGAAAAUCCAAUUACUACCUGGUCGGCUUACACGCGCUACAUCGCAAGAAUCCCUGGUUCGGCAACUAUCAGAUAUACACACCAAAUCGGCGUUCCUGUCAGCACCACCCCCGAAAUCACCACCAACAAGCAUUAGUCCCACGAGAAACGUGCUCAAUCCAUUCAUUAAUGAGAUCCUCGUGAGCAAAGAAGUGACGGUGGACGUAGCGCGAUUAGACGAUGUUGAAAUGACAGACAUACCAUCAAAACGGAAAUCAUCUAUACAACCACACGCCUCGUCAGCACCACAGAAUAACGAUGCGAUUAGUGAGUAUCAGGUCGAUGGACAUGUUAGCUAUUCGAUGGCAUCGUUGGCGGGUGCCGAGAGAAGGACGGUUAUUGAAGGUGGUCUGGCCAGGUUUGGGACCACUUAUGUUGAUGAGUUGUAUGGUUUGUGUUUGGGGAGGGAGGUCAGGAUGAAACCUGGUUUCUACAAUUAUGAUACCUCGGAGAAGUGA